CACAAGUCCCUCAUCCUCGACUCCUACCUCGACCACAUCAUCGACAAAGCCAAUGAAAUCAGGCGUAAGAACCAGGAUCGGUUUCUCUAUACCAAUUCAAGAGGUGGGUCGCUGGAUUCCAGAGGUCACCUUGGGAGUCGGUGCCUUUUAAGCACCCAAGCACAUUCGAGAGACCUUGGCCAUGGAUCCAGUGAAGAAAGAGGAGAUCAUGAGAUCUCAAGGACUUCGCCAAUGGCAAAUCAUUUUACCAGAGGACUGGCAGGGCAUGGAAGCGUGGCUAUCUCUUGUACGGUCCACCGGGUACGGGAAAAAGAAUUUGAAUGCGGGAAGGAAUUAUCCGAGGGGCCGCCACCGGAAUUGAGAGGUGAAGAUGGAGGCAAUUCGAUCACUCUCUCAGAUGGACUCUGGUCCUGCUGCGGUAGCGAGAGGAUAUUCGUGUUCACGACCAACCAUAUAGAGAAGCUUGAUCCAGCAUUGCGUUUGCUGCGAAGGUGCGAAGGGGGAGGACGUGGCGGAAAGUGUGUUGAAGGAUCUGGCAGAGAACAGGAGGGACAAGGAAAAGCUCUCUCCGAAUUGCUCGAAGCAUUGAAGACGAGGGCGGAUAGGAUUAGAGUGAAUGGGGGAUUGAGGAAUUCUGGGGAUGUGGAAGAGGAGGAGCAGGAGAGAGGGCAUUAG